AGCUGUGGCGGUGGCAGUGGACUGGGCAAGGUUGUGUUUGUUUGGUGUCUAUGUGAUUUUGUGAGUUGAGUAUUUCUUAUUAAUUAAUUAAAGCUUUUUCAUAAUGGCUGAUCCGUUAAGCCUUUUAAGGCAGUAUAAUGUUAAUAAAAAAGAAAUAAUCGAAAGAGACAAUCAAAUUAUCUUUGGAGAGUUUUCUUGGCCCAAAAAUGUCAAGACCAACUACCUUAUGUGGGGAUCUGGAAAAGAUGGUGCUCCAAAAGAAUACUACACUUUGGAAUGUUUGUUGUUUCUACUCAAAAAUGUCACACUUAGCCAUCCCGUCUAUGUGCGACAAGCAGCUGCGGAGAACAUUCCGGUGGUGCGCCGUCCGGACAGGAAGGACCUGCUGGCCUACCUGAACGGUGAGACUGCGGCGUCGGCUAGCAUCGACAAGAGUGCGCCGCUCGAGAUCCCCACCCAGGUGAAGCGGGCGCCGGACGACGCCGUCGAGUCGCUCGCCAAGAAGCCGCGUCUCGAGGACACUCAUGUGCAGCGCGUCAAGCAGCAGCUGGCCGCGCGACUCGAUGCGCCCAAGGAGGCCUCUGUCACUGUCGACAAUAUCAAAUCUCUGUCGGAAGCGAUGUCGGUGGAGAAGAUAGCUGCGAUUAAGGCGAAGCGUCUAGCGAAGAAGCGAACGACAAUCAGGAGCGAUGACAUCAUAGCCGGGCCCGACCAGCGACAGAUGCUCGACUUUGAUGUCGACGUCACCAAGGACAUCAUAUCUAGGGAACGACAGUGGCGCACACGAACCACUAUACUGCAGAGUGCUGGCAAAAUAUUUGCGAAGAACAUAUUCGCGAUACUGCAGUCGAUCAAAGCUCGGGAGGAAGGCCGGCACAGACCGCCGCAGCCCACGCCCAUCAUCACGCCCAGAGCCACGCCCAUCAAACCCAUGCCAGCUCAGCCGGCCGUCUACAACAGAUACGAUCAGGAGCGAUUCAUUCGACAGAAAGAAGAGACUGAAGGCUUCAAGAUCGACACGAUGGGAACGUAUCACGGCAUGACGCUGAAGUCGGUGACUGAGGGCAACCAACCCAAGAAGCCCACCACCCCCUCCUCCCAGCCGCAUCCCAUCUCACAAACACCCAUUCCAACCGCACAGGCGAGGCUAAUGAUGAACACACCAAGCAAACGUGUUUCACGGACACCAAUUAUUAUAAUACCAGCAGCUAAUUCUUCCCUUAUAACUAUGUACAAUGUCAAAGACGUCCUUCAAGAUCUAAGGUACGUGAGCACGGAAGAGAAGAAAAGUUCGGGCAUGAAACGUGACAACGAGGUGCUCCUGCAGAGACGCAAGGAGGGGGGGCUGACGGUGCCCUACCGCGUGAUCGACACCCCUCAGAAGCUGACCAAUGCCGACUGGGAGCGGGUGGUCGCCGUUUUUGUCAUGGGUCCCGCCUGGCAGUUCAAGGGCUGGCCCUGGGACGGCAACCCGGUCGAGAUAUUCGCCAAGAUCUGUGCAUUCCAUUUGAAGUACGACGAGAUGCCGAUUGAUGGCAACGUGGAGAGGUGGGCGGUCACAGUCAUCCAGCUGUCCAGAACCAGGCGGCAUCUCGACCGAGCUGCGCUCAUGGUAUUCUGGGAGAAAUUGGAUAAGCAUUUAAUGAAAUUCAAGCCGCACCUCCGGUUCUGAAAGUGGACUUGUGCCUACCGUUCGUUUGUAUUGAGUUUAAGAAAUUUUGUAAAUAAUAUUCUAGAAAAUAAAUUUACAGAAAUCGUAUUAUAGAAGUAGAAGUGAAGUGUGCAUGAUAUGCAGGCACUCACAAAUUUAGGAAAAUAUUCAACGCUGAAGUAUCUUGACAUUAAUUUAUUAUUAUUUUCGCUCUAUUUCGAAACCAAAUCUGUGUUUUCACAGAUUAAUCUGCCCCAUCACCGUUUAUGUUUUAGUUUUAAUAUAAAUAAGAAUUUAAUAUAUUUUUGAGCCGAUGAGCACUUCAAUGUUAUCAAUUCUGAUUCUUUAAUAACAUCAUUGCUAAUUGUAAAAAAUUCUAAUAUUUUAGAAUUUUGCUUUUACUGUAUUGUUGAAAUAUUGAUAAUAUUGUUGCCCUCAUCAAAAAGUCUUAUCAAUGGAUUCUGUUUUAAUUUGUAAUUUUAUUCUGAACAUAGUUAAUUAAUUUAAAGCAUGUAUAUCAAAGAAUUAAAAAACUUUCUGUCAUGA